AUGUCUGACACCGUCACACUCUACACAUACUUCCGCUCCUCCUGCUCCGCACGACUGCGUAUUGCCCUCCACAUAAAGAAAAUCCCCUUCAACCCAGUCUUCAUCAAUCUCCUACGUGAUGAGCAAUCUUCCGAAGCUCACCGCGCAAUCAACCCAUCUGGCACCGUCCCUGCCCUAGUCGUCCAGGGCAAGUCCGGGAACCCAGUUACUGUAACACAAUCACUCGCCGCACUAGAAUACCUCGACGAAGCCUUCCCUCAAGGACCGAAACUUCUUCCCGAAGAUGCCGAGUCCCGCGCUCUUGUUCGCACUCUCUCCCAAAUCAUCGGAUGCGAUAUCCAACCGGUGACGAACCUGCGCAUUCUGAAGCGCGUGGCUCCACUCGGCGCAGACCGAGCAGUCUGGUCGAAGGAUUUGAUUGAAGACGGACUACGCGCCUACGAAACUCUUGUCUCUAAGUCUGCUGGCAAAUUCAGUGUUGGGGACCAAAUCACGCAAGCGGAUAUUUGCUUGAUACCCGCGGCUUGGGGUGCCGAGCGGGUCGGGGUGGAUUUGACUGCUUACCCUGUGACGAAUGGGAUAAUUAAUAGGCUGGAAGAGGAGGAGGCGGUUCGAUUGGGACAUUGGAAGACGCAGCCUGAUACUCCCGAGGAGUUUCGGGUGAAGCAGUAG